AUACAGACAGCAGAGGUUCAAUGUCAGACAUGAGGCUGCUGGCUCUGGUUGUGGUCUGCGGGCUGAUGGUGGGUCAGGAUGCUCUGCAGGGAUCAGACUCCGCACAGAGGACACCUGGGACAGGUGUGUUCAGGUGUCCCCCUCUGUCCCCCUCAGGUUCAGUCCCCUCCGCUCUCAUCAGGAGGUCCACCGGAGAGCUCUUGGAGGAGGACCCGAGCACCUGUUUCUCUCUGCGGGAGAACGAGGAGCAGCGGCAGCUCCUCUGCAACGACCGGAGGAGCAAGUUUAACUUCAACCCGUUCGGCCUCCGCUUCGGGAAACGGUUCAACAGCUACAUUUACCGGAGGGCCGUGAAGAGGGCCCGGAGAAACCAGUUCUCACCGCUCUCUAUGUUCUCGCGAGAACUCGAGGUGCCCACCUGAGACUAGUUACCUGAGGAGUCAUGCAGCUCUGAUGAGAUCUAUCUUAAGUGUAAAGUAAAGAACGAGAGAAAGCCCUUUACUGCUGAGGACAUGAUGCUUCUGUGAAUAAACUUUUGUACCCAC